CCUCCUCCUUCCUCCUCCUCCUCCUCCUCCUCCCAACCGAAGGAUCCCCAGGGUCUGUGGGAUUGUUAGAUGGAAAGCCGGUCCAUCAUCACCCAAGUGCAGAGGGACGAAGCCUUGGUGCUUUCGAAACAAGUCUUGGUGUCCAAAUCCUCCCCGAAGAAGCCUCGUGGCCGGAACAUCUUCAAGGCUUUCUUCUGUUGCCUUCGCGCACAGAAUGUCGGGCAGUCGGGCUUUGGUGGGGAUCAUGGCCCACACAAGGAGGAGACCAGCACCAUUGCCAAGUCUGAUCUGUUGCAGUGUCUUCAAUACCAGUUUUACCAGAUUCCUGGGACGUGCCUUCUCCCUGAGGUGACUCAGCAAGACCAGGGCCGAAUCUGUGUGGUGAUUGAUCUGGACGAGACCUUAGUGCACAGCUCCUUCAAGCCAAUCAACAAUGCUGACUUCAUAGUGCCUGUUGAAAUAGAGGGGACAACCCACCAGGUGUACGUGCUGAAGAGGCCAUUUGUCGAUGAAUUCCUGAGGCGGAUGGGGCAGCUGUUUGAGUGUGUGCUCUUCACUGCCAGCCUGGCGAAGUAUGCUGACCCCGUAACCGACCUGCUAGACAAGUGUGGAGUCUUCCGAGCCCGCCUCUUCCGAGAGUCAUGCGUGUUCCACCAGGGCUGUUACGUUAAGGACCUCAGCCGUUUGGGGCGCGAUCUGCGCAAAACUUUGAUACUGGACAAUUCUCCUGCCUCCUACAUCUUCCAUCCAGAGAAUGCGGUGCCAGUCCAGUCCUGGUUUGAUGACAUGGCCGACACCGAGCUGCUAAACCUCAUCCCCAUCUUUGAGGAGCUGAGCGAAGCGGAGGAUGUCUACACCAGCCUUGGCCAGCUGAGGGCGCCCUAAGGCCUUUCCUAUGCCCACAGAGGAACUUUUUUUCACUCAGUGCCUUCAGUACUGGCCUGGAGGGGAAGGGGGAGCCGCGGGGGUGGUUCUCCGCAACCCCACCGCAAGGCAGAUGCAAGCUCUUUGGAGGCAAUAAUCUGAACGGCCGCCCGCCGGGCAGCGCCAGAGCAGUUUCCAACCAGGGUAUGGCGGGAUCCCAGAGCCUCUGGCCUUUCCUCCAGAAGCAGGGUCACCCAAGACCCCGUCCCCAACAGCGCUCGUAUCUAUGCACUGCGAGGAUACAGGGAGCAUCGUGAAGACGCACUGUUUCUCCAGGGCUCGGCUUCCUCCAUUCGCUGCAGGGUGGUUGGUUCUGGGUACGGUUUGCGCAGUGUGAGCUGCCGGUUCCUCCUCCUGCCUCCCCUCCCCUCUCCUCCUCUAAAGCAAUGCCAAAUGAUUUGGCUGACCCUUUUUUUUUUCUUUUGUUAUUAAAAAAAGCUAUAUGCCUCCUCGCUCCCUUUUAGAUGCUCCUGAGAGUGCUGCUUACCCAGGACCUGGGGCACAGCCAUGGGGCCUAGCAG